UUUAGUAUUUGAUAUUGAAAACACAAAUAUAAUAUUUAUAAAUUUACUAUUUUAAUUCUUAGGGCAUUUGCAAUGGCGCUUCUGGGCCUCUCCACGCUAACUCACAAGCAGGAUGUGGAUGCUAUGAUCCGGGACACCCUAGACAAAGUGUUGGUGCUCAGAUUUGGGCGCGCCACGGAUCCCCUGUGCAUGCAGCUGGACGAGACACUUGGCAAAAGUUCGCGGGAGCUGUCCAAAUUCGCAAGCAUUGCGCUCGUGGACGUCGACGCACAAGAGAUCCAAGUCUAUCUUCACUAUUUCGACAUUACGCUCAUUCCAGCGACCGUCUUCUUCUUCAACUCCCAGCACAUGAAAAUGGAUUCCGGGACACCCGAUCACACCAAAUGGAUUGGCGCCUUCCACAGCAAACAGGAUUUCAUCGAUGUUGUAGAGACCAUCUACAAAGGCGCCAUGCGCGGAAAGCUCAUCGUCAAUUGUCCAUUACCGGCGGACAGAGUUCCCAAGUUUGAGCUCCUGUACAAGGAUAUCUAAAGUGAGCUCCAAAAACGUCUAUAAUCUUACCUCUGGAUCUUCAGUGUA